AAAUAUUAGACAUGAUUAUAAAAACACAAAAUCAUAAUAUUAUGAGGAGUUCUAUUUUUGGGAAAGUUUGAUAAAAUCAAAACUGAAAAUUUCCGUUCACCAAAUUAACGAUUGGAAGGUUUAAGCCUGCUGAUAUUGAACCAAAACACUGUCAUUCUACAUUGUAUGUUGUAAUUAGGCUAUCUCAAAAAUAUUUCCUUCUCACUUCAAGGACGUCUAAAAAAUUAUUGUUUUCCCACAUCACUUGUCCAGCACCUUCCUUCAUGGCCAAAACUUGCAUUGAUAGUAAAUCAAAAUAGUACUCAUGUAUUCGUAUUGAACAUUUAACGCCGGAUCCGGUUUUCUUUUCCGUGUGUGUAUUUUGUAAAUCUUUCCUAACAGACUAUUUGGGAGUGUUCAAACGACAAAGCAUGUACUUUGUUAUAUGUUCACUGUUGUUUGUUUUAUUCCAAGUUUACGGAUGGGCGGAGAGACAGCUGGUGAUGCAGUACAUCUCAGAGAACACAGGGAGAUUCACAUCCCCAGGUUAUCCUGAACCCUAUCCCAACAACGUCAAUUACACCUGGAUUCUCACAACGGGAGAUCCGACAGCAAAUGUCACUUUUACAUUUGACAAGUUUGACAUUGAUAAAUAUCAGUAUGGACCAUGUACAGAUUUCUUGGAGAUUACAGAACAAGAACCAUGUUGUUUUGUUGCCCUGAAGAGGUGUGGUGACUUUGAUCAAUUUAAGCAGGUGGUGAGGGGUAACGUGAUAAGAUUAACCUUCGUGUCUAACGAACGCCACUCAGCAAAGGGAUUCUCACUCCGAUGGAAAGUCGCUCUACCGAAAUCGAAAAGUACGACUGAAACAACUACAAAAACAACUUUAGUACGAAGAACAACAAUUAUAACAUUAGGAACAAAAAAAAGAACAACACCAGUGACAACAACAACACCAGUAACAACAACAACACCAGUAACAACAACAACACCAGUUACAACAACAACACCAGUUACAACAACAACACCAGUAUCAACAACAACAACAAUACGAGUAAAGACAACAACAGGAGUAACAACAACAUCACCUACAACUACGAGAACUACAAACACAACCCCCUAUUUCACGAUGGCAAAUAAAACAACUCUAGCCAACACAGGAGAUUUCACAUCAACAAUUCACACGAGCACAACGCCAACAACGUUCAUUAGGUCGUCCUCGGAAAUCCAGACCAGUGUCUCUACCAACGAGAAAGAAAAGGAAGACCCUACUACGUCACCAGUGGUUUUUACGGGGACUCCAAGCAAUGAAAGAAGUACAACUCCUGAAGACACAGGAGACACUUCAUUGCGUCCAAACCAAAUAGUGUUCCUUGCGGUUGGAAUUUGUAUUGUGGAAAUUACAUUGAUUGCAUUAGGGGUAUGUAUGGGAAUACAACGUAGAAAAAGAGUUUCUGAAACCUCGACUUUUCGCCGGAACCAAAAUGAUAACAUUAGACCUGUGUCUCGUAAGACGAUAUUAAGCGUCAACAAUGUCUACGAAUCCAUCCCACUCGAACAUUUUUCCGAAGAUACCAUUCAGGAAGAGGAGGAGGUGAACCCGUAUGUGUGUGUUGCUGAAAACGUGUACGACAAAGCUUUUGUGAAAAGACCACAUGUAGGCACAAAGAACAACUUAUAUGAAUGAAAUUAAUUGCCUAAAGAUGAAAAUGGAGGAUAAAUGAUGUGCCUACAAAAUCGGAUGUGAAUGCCAAAAUGUACAAAAUGUACUUUUUGCAAUCAAUCAAAUAACACGUGCAAUAUGAUGACUGACCUUACACAUGUAUUUUUAAACUUGCUAUUUCUCCAUGGUAAUGGAGCAGGUUAGACCCAGGUGAAAAAAACAUUUUAUUUGGCGGCCGCCAAAUGAAUUUUAGACGGUCACCAAAUACGUUUAAGGCGAUCAUCACAUAACAUUACCAGGCGGCCGCCAGAUAAGCAUUUCUCAUGGUGAUAAUCGAGUUAUGAAUAAUUACCCUGUGGCUGUCUGUAUUCACGGCGGGUAUGACCGGUCGACAGGGGAUGCUUACUCCUUCUAGGCACCCGGUCCCACAUAUGGUAUAUCCAGGGGUCCAUGUUCGCCCAACUCUCUAUUUUGUAUUCCUUAUAGGAGUUAUGAGAUUGAUCACUAUUCGUUAUCUUCGCUUUUCACGUUCGUUUUUAUGCCAAUAGUGAUAUCAACCAAUCAUAUUACUCUGUUAAUUACAAUAGCGUUGAGCUCGAUGUGAUUUUUAAAAUACAGUAUAGAGCCAAAUGUGAGUCAACUCCCAUGGUUUACGCUAUGGAUUUCAUUGAAAAAUAUUUAUUGUUUGAACAAUCAUUCUGAACUCAUUUUUGCUUUGAUCUUUAUGAAAUGUAAAAUAUGUAUUACAAAGCAUGUGUACAUUAUUCUUUUCAUGAUUUUAAAACUUUUACCAAGAAUUGUAGACACAUGAUUUAUGAAACUUUAACAUUAACUUUCAGCAUUCGAUUUCUUUUUAUAUUUCUUUUUAAGAGUGGAACGGAAACGUUAAGUGUGGUGUUCUUACAGUAAUAUGGUAGGUGUAUGAAUGCACAGGAAAACUAAGAUACUCAGACGAGAAACUGCAAAUAUUUGGACUGUUAAUGGUGCAAAUGUUACCGUGAAUACGGGACUUUCGAGAUACAGAUCCACUCUGACUUUUAUCGCGCGUUGAAUGUAAUUGUAGGGCAUGUCACUUCCGGAUUACAAUAACAACUAAAUAAACAAACAUGGAAUAUUUCAACUGGUAUCAAUUUCCUGCAUUUAAAUGCUAUCUUUGAAAGAAAGGAAUCACUACAAACAUUUUAUAGGAAAAUACAAUUGAUUAAAUUAUGCGAGUCGGCGCGGGAAAGAAAUCUAGGGAAUAUCUUGAAGAUAUCGGUAAAACUUCACGCCUUGCAUCCAAUGGUACGCGUUUAAAUGCGCCUUUUCCCCUCCAUCUAAUUUACACCCAGAUACUAAGCACCAAUAAUGACUUGGAUCGUCAUCGUGGGACUGCGAAUAACUUUUUACGGACCGUCUGUUAGCGAAACACCUUAUGUAUCGAUGUCAACUUUGCCCUACAAUUGGUUAUUAUCACUUGACCGUGGUGUAUAAACGUCAAAUAUAAUCGGGAUAUCCCGAAAGUUCCGUAUUGAAUAAGUUUAUGAAAAAUUAUUUUAAAAUAGUUGUUUCAGUGAAUUCUACUCUAAGAUGAAUAGAAGUUGACUUAUGUAUGGCAGUAAGCUGUAUAUAAUAAUACAUUGUAUAGAUUUUGUUUGCACUAAAACAUCCACAUUUAAGGAAAUAAUAAACAUUUGUCGUGUGUCGAUAUUUUCAUCUCAUAUCAGAUAACUACUUUCCAAAAACCAUAAGAUCUCAAUAAAAAACUAAUUAUAAAUUUUAAUCCCCAUACUUAGUGUAACGGGGACCUUUACAAAUAUCACCAGACAUACUUCCGUGUCAGGAGGUAAAGUCUAAUAGAUAACGUAACAAUUUCCCGUUUGUAUUUAUAGACAUACUUCACACGAACUCGAUGAAAACAAUUUUAGAUCUGCUUAGAUGCUUUUCGAGUAAUUCUCAAAUGUACACGAUAUCACUGAAUAUAACUCUUCCCUAUUUCAUGUAGUAUUGAAUUGAACUAAACAAGACAGACUCCUGGUACUUCUAGGAUAUGUUUGAUUAACCUAUGCACCUGUUACAAAGUGCAUGUAGUUAUAAUUGCAUUUUAGAUUAUUUAGUCGUUUUGUAUCUGACUCUUGUACUGUUUUAUAAAGUUUUGUACCAUUCAUUGUACUUAGCUUACAUUAGGUUAAGCUAUCACUGCAUGCAUUGUAACACAAUUUAUAAAACAGAAAAUGUACGAAAUGUUAGCCAUGAAAGUCAUUGUUUCGUUCAAUAGUUAUUUUGUAUAUACAUGUACAUACACGAAAAUGACAUUGAAUAUUUUGCAUGUACAUUUCCUAAAUGCUUGACUUGUGAAUUGUGAAUGACUUGCAAUCAUUGCUAAUUUGAAUGCUAGAAAUGCUUAUAGACACUUUUCUCUCAAAACUUUCUGGUUUCAAACCUGCGUUAAUGCUACUAAAUCCAACUGAAACCAGCAUUAAUGCUACUGGAAGUACAUGGAUAAAUACACUGUACCAGCAUUGAUUUUUAAUGAUUUUCAUUUCAAAGGUAUACUUUAGAAAAAAAUUGCCUUUCAUAUACCACCUUUUACUUUUUUUUGAUGAAUAUUGUCGGUAUGCUUGUUAAUGUGGAUUUAUUUGAAUGAAAGAAACGUUUGUGAAUGACAGUGACGCCGAUUAAGCUCAUGCUGCAUGUACAUGCAUUGUAUAUGAUUUUACACAUUCAUUUACUGUUUUGUUUUAAAUCAUUGUGCAGAAAAAUGACGUACAUUUGGGAUAUCCAUGUUCAGUUACAUUUGGAAUACCCAUGGUCAGUUAGGUUUAGAAUACCCAUGGUCAGUUAGGUUUAGAAUACCCAUGGUCAGUUAGGUUUGGGAUACCUAUGGUCAGUUAGGUUUAGAAUACCCAUGGUCAGUUAGGUUUGGGAUACCCAUGGUCAGUUAGGUUUAGAAUACCCAUGAUCAGUUAGAUUUGGGGUACAUUUACUGUGCUCUCCAUUCUGUGGGAAGAUACUAAGAGGUUGUGUUUUAUUUUUGUUCAUGCAGUAUAUUUGUAAUACUCUUUAUUGUCCCAUGUCUUAACCCAAUAUUUGUGUACGAUGAGAUUAACAUUAGUUAAUAAAUGACAUUUAGUGUA